AUUCUUCAGAUAUACUUUAAUACAUAUACCAUGUGGAGGUCGUUGGCUAGACCUGUGUGCAACUGUUCAAGUCUGCUUGUUCGUUCAUACAACACCAAAGUCAAGACGAAGCCAUUACCAUCUUUCCGAUUACCCUCGUCACGAUCAACAUUUGCACCGUUAGGAGUUAAAUCCGUGGGCAGACCCGGCCCACCACCGACACAAGCACAAACACAAUCAUCAGGAUCAGGGUCAGCACCCGCACCGAAGGACCGUGCUCGACGUGAUGAAGAGAUUACAGCUGCAUAUAUUACAUUUGUGGAUGAAAAUGGUGAAUUGCACCGGAAUGUGCGAUUAGAGAAUGCACUGCAGCAGUUUGAUCGGUCGCGGUAUUUUUUGAUAGAAGUCGAUCCUACGGCGCGCCAUCCGGUAUGUCGCCUGUUUGAUAAGAAGGCUUUGUUUGAAAAGGCGAAACAGUCGAAAAAGAAGAAAACCACCACCCCGGAAUCGGUGGUCAAGGAGAUCGUGUUUGGCUGGAAUGUGAGUCCUCAUGACAUGGGCCACAAACUGAAUAAAGCAAGGCAGUUUCUGGACAAGGGGAACAAAGUCAAGGUCGAAAUCGUUAGCAAAAAAGGUCAAGCCUCCGUCACGCGAAGUGAUCAGCAAGAAACCAUGGCCAAGGUCGUGGCUGAAAUGGAAGAAUACAAAUUGUCCAAACCACCCAAGCUCGCUGGCAGUAGCUGCUUCAUGCAGUUCGAGCGUAAAUAAAAUAAAACAUUUGCAUUUAGAU